AUGGGUCCUGCCGGGACAGGAAAGUCCACAUAUUGCGCUACAAUGAUGACUCAUUGUCAAAAUAUUGGUCGUUCUGUACAUUUGAUGAACCUUGAUCCAGCAGCUGAAAAAUUUGAGUAUAAACCUUCGAUUGAUAUUCGAGAUCUAAUUACCUUAGAGGAUGUUAUGGAAGAAUUACAAUAUGGCCCUAAUGGAGGAUUAAUAUAUUGUCUGGAAUUCUUAUUGAAUAAUAUGGAUUGGUUGGAAGAAGAAUUGGGAGAAUAUGAUGAUGAUUAUUUGAUCAUUGAUUGUCCAGGCCAGAUUGAACUUUAUACCCACUUUCCAAUUAUGAGACGAAUUUGUGACUGUUUACAACGAAUGCAUUUUCGUAUUUGUGGGGUGUAUUUGUUGGAAAGUCAGUUUAUUGAAGAUAAUUCGAAAUUCUUUGCUGGGGUAUUAAGUGCUAUGUCAGCGAUGAUUAGUUUAGAAAUACCACAUAUAAAUGUAUUAUCUAAAAUGGAUCUUUUGGGUAAAGUUAAAAGAAGGGAACUAGAAAGAUAUUUUGAUCCCGACCCUUCAUUACUAACGGAUAAAGCAAAUUCCUCAAUGAACCCAAAAUUUCAUGAAUUGAAUAAGAAAAUUGUACAAUUGAUUGAUGAUUACAACAUGGUCAGUUUUAUGCCGUUGAAUAUUACAGAUGAAAAUUCUAUAACAAUGAUAUUGUCACAUGUUGAUGAUUCACUUCAAUUCGAAGAAGAUCAAGAACCAAAAGAACCAAAGGAUAUUGAAUAUGAUGAUGAACUAUAA